AUGGGAAAGAAAAGAAAAGCCGGCGGUCGCCCGUUCGGCGAGUCUAAAUCAGGAAAGGAAGAUGGCAAUUCAAAAAUGAGAGUCACCACAUUCGAGGAUGUCGCAGAUUCCGAGGACGAGUUCCACAUCAACCGAGACAAGAUCCUGUUAGAAGAGGAGCCGGCGGCGAAGAGAUUGCGCAAAUGGCAAGAAGAAGAAAAAUUUCUCCAACCUUCGGACGAAGAAGUGCUCGGCUACAGCAGCGGCGAAGACGAAGAAGAUGAAGACAUUGCGGACGCCUCUGAGGAUGAAGAAGAGGACGAUUUGGAAGGUAUAAGGGCAAAGGCUGGUGUUGGCGAGGACGAGGAUGAGGAAUACGGCGGAUGGGGUCCCUCGAAAAAAGACUACUACGACGCAGACGCAAUCGAAACCGAGCAAGAUGCGCUCGAUGAAGAGGCCGAAGCCCGUCGCCUACAGCAGAAACAGCUUGAAGCGAUGACCGAGGCUGAUUUCGGGUUCGACGAGGACGAGUGGAUGGACAAGAAAGACGAGGCGAAGACUGCAUCGGGCGAUGUGGUGACUGAAGUCCUGCCGCAACUCAAGAUCACGGACGAUAUGAGCGAGGAGGAAAGACUGAAGAUUCUGAAGUCACGAUACCCUGAGUUUGAGCAUAUUUCCAAGGAAUACCUCCGACUACAACCUCUCCACGACGAGCUCGCAUCAGCAGCCAAUGCAGCGCAACGCCUUGUUGAGAGCAGAGCUGCAAAGUCCGGCAAGCUCAUCGGCGUUUCAACACCAAUUCCAAUGGCAGUCACAAAAUACCGUGCAUGCGCGGCAUAUCUUGCAGCCAUGGCUCUGUACUUCACAAUACUUGGCUCAACAGCUGCUGACGAUGCCGCGAAUGUUGCCCUGGAUCCCACCGAGCUUCACGACCACGCGGUGAUGGAAAGCCUACUCAAGUGCCAGACGCUUUGGGCAAAGGUUGAAAGUCUCCCCGUGGGCGAUCCUAUGGUGGAUGCUUCCAAUGGCGACGAGUUAUCCGUUAUCGAAGAGGCCAGCUCCGCCCCUGAAGAAUCAUUGACGCUAGAUGCCCGCGCAAAGAAGGCGAAGAAGGACAAGAAGAGCAAGGCACAACUUGCUGCCGAAGCCGCUCAAGCGGAAGCCCAAGCGCGCCGCGCAGAGAAGCUCCGCAAGACGGAAGAGGAGCUCGCAUCACUAUCUACUUUGACCGACAAAUCUGCCCAACGCAAGGCAGCGAAGCAAAAGAAGACCCAACAGCCAAUGCUUAACCUUCUCGAUGCCGACGAUUCCGACUUUGGCGAGGAGACGGCACUCGAUCCGUACGACCUCGCCGAGAAGGCCAGGAAGAAGAAGUCUCUUCGAUUCUACACAUCGCAAAUCGCGCAGAAGGCCAACAAGCGCGAUGCUGCUGGCAAGGACUAUGGUGGUGACGCCGAUGUUCCCCAUCGCGAGCGCCUCAAGGACAGACAAGCCAGAUUGCAGGCUCAGGCUGAGAAGAGGGGUCAAGAUACCGCGAAUGCACCUGGUGUUACUCUUGGUGAAGGCGGUGAAUCAUCUGACGAUGAGGAUGCUCGAGGCGGACCUGCUUCAGGGGAGGACGAGUACUACGACAUGGUUGCUGCGCGUAGCAAGGCGAAGAAGGCUGCAAAGACUGAUCUCGCUGCCGCUAUGGCUGAAGCAGCCCAGGGUGGCGGCAGAGUGGUACCUGUCUCGACCAUAGGAGAAGACGGCAAACGACAGAUCAGCUACGAAAUCCUCAAGAACAAGGGCCUGCACGCGAAGCGCAAUAAGGCCGCGAGAAACCCCAGAGUGAAGAAGAAGCUGAAGUAUGCCGAGAAGCAGAAGAAGUUGAAGAGUCAGAAGAGGGUGUACUCCGGAGGUGAAGGGAGAGGAGGGUACGUCUUUCUAUAUGGUGGUGAGCUCACGGGUAUCAAGAAGGGCUUGGUCAGGAGUACCAAGUUGUAG